GUUUCUUGCAAUAUGAGAUGCACGUUAUGUUUCCUUUGAGGGCCGUAUCGCGGGUAUAUAAGCCUCUCAUACGGCAUUCUACCUUCAAACUGUUUAGGUUGAGCUCAUAAUCAUUAUGUCUGGUCGAGGUAAAGGAGGAAAAGGUCUAGGAAAGGGAGGCGCGAAGCGUCAUCGCAAGAUCCUUCGGGAUAACAUCCAGGGCAUCACCAAGCCCGCCAUUCGCCGUCUCGCCCGUCGUGGAGGAGUCAAGCGAAUCUCUGGACUCAUCUAUGAGGAGACCCGUGGCGUUCUCAAAGUCUUCCUUGAAAAUGUUAUCCGUGACGCGGUCACCUACACCGAGCACGCCAAGCGCAAGACUGUCACCGCCAUGGAUGUGGUCUACGCUCUGAAGCGACAAGGCCGAACCCUGUACGGAUUCGGCGGCUAGAUCAUCAAGUCGAUACAAAACAAACGGCUCUUUUAGGAGCCACCACAUGCAAUAAAAGUCAUGACCAAGUGUAA